GCAGGACUGAGCGGAGACCAGCGGCAGCAUGAAGCUGAUCUGAGAGCUGAACUACGUGGACUUGGACUCUUGGACUGGGAGGUGUCAGGGUGAGACGGCGUCCUCACAUCAAGCAGAGACAGACAGAAGGACUGAGGAGGGACGGAGAGCAGCUUCUUCUCUCCAAAAGUGUCUGAAGAAGAUGUGAAGAGAGUUGAUGAGGAUGAGUAAACAGAAAUCAUCAGACCCUCCUGGUCCUGGAUCAGGAGCAGCAGCUCGAUCAAGACAUGGACCCAGCUUUGCAUCUGCAAAGAGUUUCUGGGCCAAACUGGAUUUCAGAGGAUCUCCUUCCUCAGAGUCUCACUCUGACUCUGGGUUUCCAUCCAGCCGAGUGUCCAUGAAGAGUGACCGGUCUAUGGGUCAUCCCGUUGACUUUAAAUCAGGACCAGGACCUGCUGAUGAGGGCGUCAGCCAGCAGAGCUCCCAGGUUCUCCGUGGAGGCUCCGCCCCUCAGCAUCAAACACAUCUGGACUCCAUCUUUAUGAUGCUGGAGGACAACAUGGUGACUUUCAUGAAGAAGGAGCUGAAGAAGAUGAAGAAGCUCCUGAGUCCAGAUUACCCAGCAUGCUCAGAGAGUGAGAGGGAGGAUGAGGAUGAAGAGCAGAGGAGCAGCAGAGAGUCAUUUCUGAGGAUCACACUGGACUUCCUGAGGAGGAUGAAGCAGGAGGAGCUGGCUCAGCGUCUGUGGAGCAAAUCCUCUGCUGGAGUCUGCCAACAGCAGUUGAAAUUUGGUAUGAAGAAGAGGUUCCAGUGUGUGUUUGAGGGAGUUGCUAAACAAGGAGAGUCCACCCUCCUGAACCAGAUCUACACAGAGCUCCACAUCACAGAGGGAGGGGCUGCAGAGGUCAAUCAGGAACAUGAGGUCAGACAGAUUGAAGCAGCAUCCAGGACAGCAGACAGAGCAGAAACAAGCAUCAGACCAGGAGACAUCUUUAAAGCCCCACCUGGAAGAUCUCAACCAAUCAGAACAGUGCUGACAAAGGGAGUGGCUGGCAUUGGGAAAACAGUCCUGACUCAGAAGUUCACUCUGGACUGGGCUGAAGACAAAGACAACCAGGACGUCCACUUCAUAUUUCCAUUCACCUUCAGAGAGCUGAAUGUAGUGAAGGAGGAGAAGUUCAGCUUGGUGGGACUUGUUCAUCGUUUCUUCAAAGAAAUAGAAAAAGCAGGAAUCUGUAGAUUUGAAGAAUUCCAGGUGAUCUUCAUCUUUGAUGGUCUGGAUGAGUGUCGACUCCCUCUGAAGUUCCGUCGAGCUGAGAUCCUGACUGAUGCUACAGAGCCCACCUCAGUGGAUGUUCUGCUGAUAAACCUCAUCAGGGGGAAACUGCUUCCCUCUGCUCGCCUCUGGAUCACCACACGACCUGCAGCAGCCAAUCAGAUCCCUGCUGACUGUGUGGACAUGGUGACAGAGGUCCGAGGGUUCACCGACCCCCAGAAGGAGGAGUACUUCAGGAGGAGGUUCAGAGAGGAGGAGCAGGCCAGCAGGAUCAUCUCCCACAUCAAGACCUCCCGAAGCCUCCACAUCAUGUGCCACAUCCCGGUCUUCUGCUGGAUCACUGCUACAGUUCUGGAGAAGGUGUUGAAGAGCAGAGAGGGAGGAGAGCUGCCCAAGACCCUGACUCAGAUGUACAUCCACCACCUGGUGGUCCAGGCCAAAGUCAAGACGGUCAAGUAUGGUGGAGGAGCUGCCACAGAUCCACACUGGAGUCCAGAAAGCAGGGAGAUGAUAGAGUCUCUGGGAAAACUGGCUUUUGAUCAGCUGCAGAAAGGAAACCUGAUCUUCUAUCCAUCAGACCUGACAGAGUGUGGCAUCGAUCUCAGAGCAGCCUCAAUGUACUCAGGAAUGUUCACACAGAUCUUUAGAGAGGAGAGCGGCCUGUACCAGGACAUGGUGUUCUGCUUCAUCCAUCUGAGCCUUCAGGAGUUUCUGGCUGCUCUUCAUGUCCAUCAGACCUUCAUCAACUCUGGAAUCAACCUGCUGGAAGAGAAACAAACAACCAUUCAACAAUCUCCACAACAGCCUCAGCUCCACCAUCUCCAUCAGAGAGCAGUGGACGAGGCCUUGAAGAGUCCAAAUGGACACCUGGACUUGUUCCUCCGCUUCCUCCUGGGUCUUUCACAGGAGACCAAUCAGAGUCUCCUUCGAGGUCUGCUGACACAGACAGGAAGUAGCUCACAGUCCAAUCAGGAAACAGUCCAGUACAUCAAGGAGAAGCUGAGUGAGAGUCUGUCUGCAGAGAGAAGCAUCAAUCUGUUCCACUGUCUGAAUGAACUGAAUGAUGGUUCUCUGGUGGAGGAGAUCCAACAGUUCCUGAGAUCAGAAUAUUUCUCUACAGAUGAACUGUCUCCUGCUGAGUGGUCAGCUCUGGUCUUCAUCUUACUGUCAUCAGAAGAAGAUCUGAAGGAGUUUGACCUGAAGAAAUACUCUGCUUCAGAGGAGGCUCUUCUGAAGCUGCUGCCAGUGGUCAAAGCCUCCAGCAAAGCUCUGUUGAGCUGCUGUGGUCUGUCAGAGAGAAGCUGUGGAGCUCUGUCCUCAGUUCUCAGCUCUCAGUCCUCCAGUCUGACACGUCUGGACCUGAGUAACAACGACCUGCAGGAUUCAGGAGUGAAGCGUCUGUCUCUUGGACUGGAGAGUCCUCACUGUAAACUGGAAGCUCUCAGUCUGUCAGGGUGUCUGGUCUCAGAGGAAGGCUGUGCUUCUCUGGUCUCAGCUGUGAGAUCCAAGUCCUCCCAUCUGAGAGAGCUGGACCUGAGCUACAACCAUCCAGGAGCCUCAGGAGUGAAGGAGCUGUCAGCGGCAGUGGAGGAUCCACACUGCUCCCUGGAGACUCUCAGGGUGGACCAUGGUGGACAGCAGAGGCUCAAACCUGGACUGAGGAAGUAUUUCUCUCAACUUCAACUGGAUGAAAACUCAAUGAGCAGAAAGCUCAAACUGUCCAACAACAACAGGAAGGUGACACAUGUGAGGGAAGAGCAGCCGUAUCCUCAUCAUCCUCACAGAUUUGAUGUCUGGCCUCAGCUGCUGUGUAGAAAUGAUCUGAGUGGUCGAUGUUACUGGGAGGUCGAGUGGAGCGGACCUGUUUCUAUAUCAGUGAGUUACAGAGGAAUCAGCAGGAAAGGAGGCAGUGAGGAGUGUUGGUUUGGAGGGAAUCAUCAGUCCUGGAGUCUGGAGUGCUGGUAUGGAGGUUACUCUGUCUGGCACAAUGACAGAGUAACAUCCCUCUCCUCCUCCUCCUCCUCCUCCUCCUCCUCCUCCUCCCCCUCCUCUGGUAGAGUAGCAGUGUAUGUGGACUGUCCUGCUGGCUCUCUGUCCUUCUUCAGAGUCUCCUCUGACUCUCUGAUCCACCUCUACACCUUCAACACCACAUUCACUCAGCCUCUAUGUGCUGGAUUUGGAUUCUGGUCCUUUGGUUCUUCAGUGAGUCUGUGUCCUCUGGAGGAAGGACGUCUCUGUCUCUGACAGCAGGGAGGAGGAGGAGCCUGUCAGAAGGUGGGAGGGGCAUAUCAGAAGGUGGGAGGAGUUUAGCUCCACUAAAGAUGUGAUUUCUUCUGUGUUCCAUCUGGUGUUUGUUGUGGUUUCAUUGUUGUGGUGUUUCUUGAAAUGUUCCAUCAUAAAGUAAUAAAAGUCGAUCACUGACAGUCAAA